AUGCCAAAUCGGAUUAAACGUUUUACUAAAUGGUCUAAUGUCAUCAUCCCUAGAUACAAUGCAGUCUAUCUAUCUAUCUAUCUAUCUAUCUAUCUAUCUAUCUAUCUUAGUACAGGAUUGGCAGAAAAUCUAUCUAUCUAUCUAUCUAUCUAUCUAUCUAUCUAUCUAUCUAUCUAUCUAUCCCAUUCUGUUAAUAUCCUAUCUGUAUAUAUAUUUCAUUCUGUUAAUGUUGAUCCACCUAUUUCAUUCGUAAUAUCUAUCUAUCUAUCUAUCUAUCUAUCUAUCUAUCUAUCUAUCUAUCUAUCUCUUUCAUUCUCUUCAUAUAUAUCUAAUUCUGUUCAUAUCUAUCGCAUUCUGUCAUUAUAUCGUUUCGGCGCCUAUUCUUUGCAUGUUCAUGGUCAGGUUAUGGUUCCGCGAAAUGGGCGACGACCCAAAUAUGAAGAUAUUAGCUAG